AUGAAAAGAUCGCGAAUGAAGAACGGAAAUAGAGAAACGAUGUCGUAUUUGCGCGACUGGAGGCAAGCUUUGCGUGCUCCCCACGUUUACAGAGUGGCGAAUAGUACUUUUUACAUUCAAAGACAAUUUUUGGCAUUGAUAUGCGUUUUAUUGUGCGUUCCGAUCUUCCUAUUGGUCUAUCCCUUUUUCCGAAACGUCAUUUGCACGCCCGUCACGCAUCAACCUUUGUCCCAAUGUCGUUAUUAUAGAUACAAUAAAACUUAUCCAGCCACUUCGCCCGUCAGAACGUCUAAAGGUAUCACCUACAGAAUAGCUAUAGUCAGCGAUUUAGAUCACGACUCCAAAGCCUUAGAUAAAAAGGAUACUUGGUAUAGUCUUAUGAAGACCGGUAGUCUCUUCUGGAAUCCAUCUACAAAUUUUCUUUCGAUUCUUUGGGACGACAGGACUCUUGUCUUGUCUUCGUCCUUGGCUAUGAAAGCCAGAGGUAUGGAAUUGUCGGAGUUGAUCACCUUCGACGGCCAUCUGUUAUCCUUUGACGACCGAACUGGGAUGAUUUAUUACAUCGAAGACAAUCAGGCCUAUCCUUGGGUUAUCUUAUUGGACGGCAAUGGAAAAAAUCCAAAAGGUUUUAAGUCCGAAUGGGCAACGGUUAAGGACGAGCAGUUGUACGUAGGCAGUAUGGGUAAAGAAUGGACUACUCCUUCAGGAGAAUACGAACACAAUAAUCCUCAGUGGAUCAAAAUAGUUUCCCCUAGAGGGGAAAUUCACUCCAUUAAUUGGAUUUCAAAUUACAAAAGAUUGAGGCAAGCGAUUAAUAUCGAGUAUCCAGGUUAUAUGAUACACGAAUCAGGAGCAUGGAGCGAUAUACACAAAAGUUGGUUCUUUCUACCGAGAAGAUGUUCCAAAGAACGCUACAAUGAAACCAAAGAUGAGACGAUGAGCUGUAACGUUCUCCUAACUGCGGAUGAAAACUUUGUAGAUAUAAAGGUUAAAGAAAUCGGUGAACUAAUUCCUGUUAGAGGCUUCUCGAGUUUCAAGUUCUUACCAGGAUCCGAAGACACUAUCAUAGUCGCGUUAAAAACCGAAGAGUAUCAAGGAAAAACGGCAACGUAUAUUAUGGCAUUCUCGAUAGAUGGUACUAUUAUAAUGCCAGAAACGAAAGUAAUGGAUAAGAAAUUCGAAGGACUCGAAUUUAUAUGACGACUCCUAUGAUUGUAGUACAUUAUUUAUAGGACAAAUUGUAAAUAAGUGUAAAAAUUCUUUAGGGAAUCAUUUUAUAUCGAGACAGGAAAAGAAAACUAUUCGACUUGUAACAAUACUCGAGCAUUGUCCUACCGCGUGAGCAGAGGUACCACUUAUGUUUUCAUUUAUAUAGAAUAAUAAUAGUUGAUUCGAGAUACUACGUCUGUCACGUCUUACGUACAAAUUUAUCAACAUGUAACUAAAGAAUAUUGUAAAUAUUUACAUACGUACUUGUGCGUAUGUGUGUGUAUAUGUGUGUGUGUGUGUACACACACGUAUGUAUAUGUGUAUAUACAUAUAUAUAUAUAUGCAUCGAAAAAUUUUCAUCGUCGCGCUUUCCAAUGGAUUCGUACGUUUCCAAUGGAAUUACUCGUAAUAAGCAUAUCGUUUUCUCGGGCAAACGUUAACGAUGUUAUGAAAAUAUAAAUACUCGUCGAAUUUGA